AUGAUAUGUACGUUUUUUAGAAAACACACGCAAUUUUAUAAAACAGCUCCACAAGAGGAAAUGAUGCUUGACAGUGUUCUGGGGAGCUUCGCCACCUAUGCACGGUUGAAGGGUCGAUACGAUGAUGACUGGAUCGAUCGUCUAAACCAUUUGUACACCACCAUCAUUUUUAUCAUCUUCACUAUUGUCGUCAGCACAAAGCAGUAUGUGGGCGAGCCGAUUCAUUGCUGGUGUCCUGCGGAAUUCGAAGACUCCAUGGUUGACUACACAAAUAAUGUCUGCUGGAUCUCAAAUACGUACUAUGUACAUAUUGAUGACGAUAUACCCAAGGAACGAACAGUUCGCACAGAGCGGGAAAUUACUUAUUAUCAGUGGGUUCCUAUGAUUCUGUUGUUCCAGGCAUUCUUAUUCAAGGUGCCAUGUAUACUAUGGCGGAUAUUGACGGCCUCGGCUGGUGUCAAUCUCGAUAAGAUUGUGACUCUCGCCGCAGAAACACAAUACAUAUCACCAGAUGACAGAGAAAGGACUAUUAAACAUAUCGUACGCUAUAUGGACAGAUGGCUCGAAAAUGCACGUGAAUAUAGAUCAGGGUGUUUUAUACGCUUGCGCCAAACCAUAUCAAAGUACUGUUGUAUCGUCUGCGGCAAACGCUACGGGAACUACCUGGUCACAAUAUACAUGUUUAUAAAACUAUUGUACAUGUCUAACGCUAUUGGACAAUUGUUUAUAUUAAAUGAGUUCCUGGGAACGAAUUACAAUGCCUAUGGGCUUGAAGUACUUGAUCAUCUGGCCAAUGGUAUAGACUGGAAAGAAUCACCGAGAUUUCCUCGAGUUACAUUGUGUGAUUUCAGAAUUCGAAAACUGGCAACAGUCCAAGAUUAUACUGUACAGUGUGUUCUACCAAUCAAUCUUUUUAACGAAAAAAUCUUUAUUUUCAUCUGGUUCUGGCUAGUGUUUGUAUCCGUGCUAAGUUCUGCCAAUUUUCUGGUUUGGUGUUACACAAUGAUCUUUAGACAACAUCGUAUUCGAUAUCUAAAGAAAUUUCUGCGCAUCAAUGAUUGUUACAAAUCAGAACUUGAUAAAAAGAUGGCGGUGAAAUUUGCCGAACAGUACCUGCGCCAAGACGGCAUUUUCGUGUUAAGACUUGUGGGUAAAAACGCUAACGAUGUGUUGGUGUCAGAAAUUAUUUUGCAACUCUGGAAUCAUUACCGGAAUAAACCUUUGAUAAAGCAUGCAAACCAGAUAAGUGACGACAAUAGCAACGUUUGA